UGGGGGAGGUCUGUAUUCAGUGAGUGCAGUGGCAGCUUGACACUUUUUUUGUUGCCAUGUAGUAUUAAAGACGCUGCAACAACUAAGACCUAGUGGAUCAUUGAUGUCACACAAGACAAUCAGCAAACGUAACAAAAUGCUGUUGACGCUGAAGAAAUAAAUAGACAAGAAAAUCAAAGCAACGUGCAGCAGUGAACUCCCAUUUGCAGGAGACAAGGAAAAACGCAAGCGGUGUACACAAAGUGUCAUUGGAUCUGAAACGCCGUUGCAACCUCAGCUAGAAAGGCUAGUACCAGACUGGCAAUUAUGGAAACGUUCUAGCUGGUUUGUUUUUAUUUUUUUUAAAACAACCCAAAAUAUGGGGAUGGCGGAGAACACAAACUAAGGAUAGUAAGUCGCUUAUUUACUCCUCGGUAACAUCUGGUUUUAAACUUUUUAGGAGAUGAGUUCACAAGCAACAAGUACAGGAACGGAAUCGUACAGAAGAGAGUCGUCGCUGUCAGGGAACAAUGAGAACAGCACGACAAACAGACCUGCUGGCAGUAGCUCUAAGAAGAACUCAACAGCCGAUGUUAAGGACCUGCUAGAAGAGGAGCCAAAGUCGGGGGGCCUUGAUAUCACCGGGGUGUUGCUUCAAUUUGUCAAAUUUUUUGUGAUCAUUUUCCCGGUCUACGUCUUGGGGUAUUUUGGUUUGAGCUUCAGCUGGGUUUUGAUCGGGCUGGUGGUAUUUUUCUGGUGGAGGAGAAAUCGUGGAAAUAAAAACUCCCGUCUGUACAGAGCGUUGGCAUUCUUGGAUCAUGAAGAAAACAGCGUUCGUCAGAGUAUCCACUCUACGGAUCUACCGCCGUGGGUGCACUUUCCUGAUGUGGAACGAGUGGAAUGGCUAAACAAGACCGUGAAGCACAUGUGGCCGUAUAUAUGUCAGUUUAUCGACAAGCUGUUCCAUGAGACGAUCGAACCAGCCGUCAAAGGCGCACACAGUCAUCUCAGUACCUUCAGCUUCACAAAGAUCGAUAUGGGUGACAAGCCCCUGAGAAUAAAUGGAGUGAAAGUGUACACUGAGAAUGUGGACACAAGACAGAUUAUCCUGGACAUGCAGAUAAGCUUUGUUGGGAACACUGAAAUAGAUGUUGAGAUCAAAAAAUACUUUUGCAGAGCAGGAGUGAAGAGCAUACAGCUGAGUGGCACAAUGCGAGUCAUCUUGGAACCCCUGAUAGGAGACAUGCCGAUUAUUGGAGCUGUUUCCCUUUUCUUUCUUAGGAAACCUCUGCUGGACAUCAACUGGACUGGCAUUACAAAUAUACUGGACAUCCCAGGCUUAAAUGGCCUGUCUGACACAGUCAUUUCAGAUAUCAUCUGUAACUAUCUGGUCCUUCCUAACCGGAUUACAGUUCCUCUGGUGGGCGAUGUUCAACUUGCACAACUGCGCUUCCCCAUGCCUAAAGGGGUCCUACGAAUACAUUUCCUCGAAGCACAAGACCUGGUCGGGAAGGAUACUUUUUUGAAGGGGAUGAUCAAAGGAAAGUCGGAUCCAUAUGGUGUGAUACAGGUCGGCCGCCACCUCUUCCAGACCAAGACCAUUAAAGAAAACCUUAACCCCAAGUGGAAGGAAAUCUUCGAGGCAUUGGUCUACGAGAACCCAGGGCAACAACUCGAGAUUGAACUGUUUGACGAAGAUACUGACAAAGAUGAUUUCCUGGGAAGUCUGAUGAUUGACCUAGCUGAAGUUCAGAAGGAGCAGAGUGUUGACGAGUGGUUUGUUUUGGACGAAGUGGCGACUGGAAAGUUACACUUGAAGCUGGAAUGGCUGACGUUGCUGCCGACUCCUGAGAAACUAGAUCAGGUCCUUGCAAGUAUUAAAGCUGAUAAAGGUCAAGCCAAUGAUGGGCUUUCAUCUUCACUGCUCAUCAUUUAUCUCGAUUCUGCCAGAAAUCUACCAAGUGUCUUUGAAGGGAACUUUGGGUGCGGAUACUUAUCAGAGAGGAGAGCUUCUGGCCUAGUCUUUUGUGAAAAUACUGCUUCGCUCCAUAGAGCAUUAUUUAGAGAUCCAUCAGAAAUGAAGAAACGUGUGCAAAAGCUGAAGUCAGGGAAGAAGGUAAGCAGCGACCCUAAUCCAUUUGUUCAGCUGUCUGUUGGCCAUACUACAUAUGAAAGCAAGGUUCGGUACAAGACCAAUGAGCCUGUGUGGGAGGAAGCAUUCACAUUCCUUAUUCACAACCCAAAGAGACAGGAACUUGAUAUUGAGAUCAAAGAUGAGAAACACGACUGCUCUUUGGGGACUGUAAACCUGCCUCUUAUUAAUCUGAUGGAAGCUGAAGAAAUGACCCUGACCCAGCGCUUCCCCAUCAAGAGCUCUGGGCCGAACAGCACCAUAAAGCUGAAGCUUGCACUCAGAAUACUUUCCCUUGAGAGUCAACAGAAGUCAGGCCAGCCAUCUUUGGUCCAGGUAAAGAAGUCUCCCAAUUUCACCAAGGAUGGCAAGAAGGUUCAGCCCACUGUGUCUGGGAAGACGGACUCCAACCUACCGGCCACGGCGUCCACCUCCAGCAUGGAUAUCAAUAGAAAGCCAGAAUCCUAUGAGAACCCAGGGGCUUCUUCAUCUUCUCCCCAGCGGGUGGUGGAUCUCAACAAAAGCAGCUCCAAUCUGAACAUCGCAAGUUACCCUGGCUCUCCCACCCACCUUUCGGCAAAGGAGGCGACUCCCAGCAUCGCCUCAGACAUCUCCCACCCAUACGCCACCCAGGAGCUGCGGCAGAGACUGCGUCACCUGCAGAACGGAACAGCGCCUCCUCACAUGCCUUUGGGCCAAGUCCAGCUGACAGUCAGACACAGUUCCCAGAGGAAUAGACUGAUUGUGGUUGUACAUGCUUGUCGUAACCUCAUAGCCUUCAGUGAAGCCGGCUCAGACCCCUACAUCCGAAUGUACCUGCUGCCUGAUAAGCGGAGGUCAGGAAGGAGGAAAACGGCAGUGGUGAAGAAGACACUAAACCCAGUGUAUGAUGAGACUUUCGACUUCAGUGUUUCACUGAUAGAAGUGCCCAGAAGAACCCUGGAUGUAGCUGUGAAGAACAGUGGGGGCUUCCUGUCAAAAGACAAGGGCCUUCUGGGAAAGGCGCUCAUAGAUUUGACAUCUGAAGAUAUAAACAAAGGCUGGACUCAGUGGUAUGACCUAACAGAAGAUGGUACCCAGCAAUCAGUGCAAGCCUAGACUAAAUGCCAGGACAGUACCGCAGCGCACUUAUACCAAGCUUUCAUCAUCAGCUAUAUUAUCAUCACAAAAUGUACCAGCAUUAUUUUUUUUAACAGCUUUCUAUUUUAGCCAAAUGGGAACAUCAUUUUUGUUUUUUAUUAUUGUAAAUUGCUUUUGUCACUUUUUCAAUUGUUUAUUACCCAAUUUAAUGCUAAUUUUCCCUUUUUUAUUAAUUAUUUUGUGCAAUACAACAUAAAGGAAGCAUGUGGUGUGUUAAAAAAAAGAAGUGUCAACAGAAAAUACUGUGAUAACAGAAUGUUUGGCUGAAUCUGUUCCGGUUGACUUCCUGCUUUGUUUUGUAUGUCGGUGAUGUGAACAUGUUAAUAUGCACCAUGAUUUGGAGAAGGCUGGGGAUGCAGAGGGAGGAUUAUUUGUUUUUUCUUAGUCAUUUAAAAGGAAGGUUUAUCCACUUUUACACGUGCUUUGCAGGUAAACUCAUGUAUUGUCGGGUUCUAUCGCUGUUUUUUUAAUUAUUUUUUUUUGUUUGUUUCGUAUGUAAAAAAAAUCUGCCAAAGAGACAAUUAUUUCAUUGUUGGUCCACUUGGGUUUUAAAGCCAAAAAAUGUAUACAAAAAAUUGCACAUGCAGUAUUUCUCUUGCUAUUUUAUUGUACUAUACUUUAUUAACGCCUCAACAUUACAAUAAAAAAAUGUUGUAGUGACAAGUGAUAAUGUACCACAUACUAUAUAGACCGGCAUGCUUUUAUACCUAAUACAUUGCAGCUUUCACUCCGAAAAAAUCUGCCUGGUUGUGCAGAUCUACAGCCAUCUUUUUAUUUUUUAGAAGGGACGUUAUAUUGGGAACAAUUGGAUGAAGCUCAGAGAUUGUAUUGCAUGUCACAGCCAGGUACAUAUUUAUGAAUGUAUACAAAGUAUUUACUUUAUAUUUACAUUUACAGCUUAAAAGGCACAAUUGUAAUUUAAUUUUUUUUUUUUAAACGGUGUUUUACACUAAAUGAAGGGAAAUAAUGAAGAUUAUUGAUUGGAGUGGUUCUAAAUGUAAAAGUGAUUACAGCAACUCCUUCAGAGCUUUCUUUUCCUGUUUUGCUAACAAUUUCACAUUUUUAUAGCAUCAUGCAAAUUCAACAGACGCAACAGUACCUAUGUGGGCCAUGAAAUUAAUAAUGUCUCUGAAGGAAUACUGCAGAGAUUUCCAAUGGAAGCUAAAUGCCUUCUCCAUGUACUUACUUUAUCUUGUGCCUUAAAAACACAAUGUGCGGAGAUGUAAGAGUAAAAGUAUUAUACCUGUUGGCAUAAAGAAGCUUUUCACGUU